UCGGCCCACCCAGCUAUUCCGGUCGGCCCAGGCUCGCGCCUGCGCAGUGCGCUAAGCUGUCAGCUAGGUAAGGUGCUGGCAAGCCGGUGGCCGAGAGUGCGGUGCUGUCAUGACUGAGGGCACGUGUCUGCGGCGGCGAGGGGGACCCUAUAAAACUGAGCCGGCCACUGACCUCACCCGCUGGCGGCUCCGCAAUGAGCUGGGUCGGCAGACAUGGACGUAUUUCCAAGCGGAGGACGACCCCGGUCGAGAACAGACCGGGCUGGAGGCCCACUCUUUGGGACUGGACACAAAGAAUUAUUUCAAAGACUUACCUAAAGCUCAAACAGCCCUUGAGGGGGCCCUGAAUGGAGUGACAUUUUAUGCCAAGCUGCAGGCCGAGGAUGGACACUGGGCGGGUGAUUAUGGUGGACCCCUCUUCCUCUUGCCAGGACUCCUGAUUACAUGCCAUGUGUCACACAUCCCUCUGCCGACUGGAUACAAAGAGGAGAUGAUACGGUACCUGCAAUCAGUGCAGCUCCCCGAUGGCGGCUGGGGCCUGCAUGUUGAGGACAAGUCCACGGUGUUUGGGACCGCCCUGAACUAUGUGGCUCUCAGAAUCCUGGGUGUUGGGCCUGAUGAUCCUGACCUUGUACGUGCUCGGAACAUUCUUCACAAAAAAGGCGGUGCGGUGGCCAUCCCCUCCUGGGGGAAAUUCUGGCUGGCCGUCCUGAAUGUUUAUAGCUGGGAAGGAAUCAAUACCCUGUUCCCUGAGAUGUGGUUGUUUCCUGAAUGGGUACCUGCACACCCUUCCACUCUCUGGUGUCACUGCCGGCAGGUCUAUCUACCCAUGAGCUACUGCUAUGCCACUCGGCUAAGUGCCCCAGAGGACCCACUGGUUCAGAGCCUCCGUCAGGAGCUCUACGUGGAGGAUUAUGCCAGCAUUGAUUGGCCAGCACAGAAGAACAACGUGUCCCCGGAUGACCUAUACACGCCACAUAGCUGGCUGCUGCAUGUAGUGUAUGGAAUCCUCAACCUGUAUGAACGUUUCCAUAGUACGAGCCUGCGGCAGCGGGCCAUCCGAAUGCUGUAUGAACAUAUUGUUGCCGAUGACCGCUUCACUAAGUGCAUCAGUAUUGGCCCGAUCUCAAAAACCAUCAACAUGCUUGUUCGUUGGGCAGUGGAUGGGCCCUCCUCCCCUGCCUUCCAGGAGCACGUCUCUAGGAUCCCAGAUUACCUUUGGCUGGGCCUUGAUGGCAUGAAAAUGCAGGGCACCAACGGAUCACAGAUCUGGGACACGUCAUUUGCUAUCCAAGCACUGUUGGAGGCAGGUGCACACCACAGACCUGAGUUUUUGCCCUGCCUGCAGAAGGCUCACGAGUUCCUGCGGCUUUCACAGGUCCCAGACAACCUUCCUGACUAUCAGAAGUAUUACCGCCAGAUGCGCAAGGGCGGUUUCUGCUUCAGCACACUGGACUGUGGCUGGAUCGUUGCCGACUGCACAGCCGAGGCUUUGAAGGCCGUGCUGCUCCUGCAGAAGCAGUGUCCCUUUAUCACCGAGCACAUCCCCCAAGAGCGGCUCUGUGAUGCUGUGGCUGUGUUGUUGGGCAUGAGGAAUUCUGAUGGAGGAUUUGCUACCUACGAGACCAAGCGCGGGGGGCAUUUGCUGGAGUUGCUGAACCCCUCAGAGGUCUUCGGAGACAUCAUGAUUGACUACACAUAUUUGGAGUGUACCUCAGCAGUGAUGCAGUCUCUGAAGCAUUUCCAUGAGCAAUAUCCAGACCACAGGGCAGUAGAGAUCAGGGAAACCCUCAAGCAAGGCCUGGAGUUCUGCCGAAAGGUACAGAGAGCUGAUGGCUCCUGGGAGGGCUCCUGGGGGGUUUGUUUCACCUAUGGCACCUGGUUUGGCCUGGAAGCUUUUGCUUGCAUGGGGUAUACCUACCAAGAUGGGACUGCAUGUUCAGAAGUGUCUCGGGCCUGCAACUUCCUCCUGUCCCAGCAGAUGGCAGAUGGAGGCUGGGGGGAGGACUUUGAGUCGUGUGAACAACGGCGUUAUGUGCAGAGUGCCAGGUCCCAGGUCCACAGUACAUGCUGGGCCCUGAUGGGCCUGAUGGCUGUGCGGCAUCCCGAUGUCGCUGCUCAGGAGAGAGGAAUCAGAUGUCUGCUGGAGAAGCAGUUCCCCAAUGGAGACUGGCCGCAGGAGAACAUCUCUGGGGUCUUCAACAAGUCCUGUGCCAUCAGCUACACAAGUUACAGGAAUGUCUUCCCCAUCUGGGCCCUAGGCCGCUUCUCCAGCCUGUACCCUGAUAAUAUCCUCGCUGGCCACCUUUGAAUACAUGUCUGCCUGUGCUGCAGCUGGCCAGCAUCAUUACCAUGCAGGUCCAGGCGAGGCUGGGGUUUCUAGGCUAGGUGGUAGGAGCCUUCUUAUUCCUGCUUUGGGCCUUGUUGUCUAUUUCUGUAGACAUGAAGCUGGGGAUACGGUCAGGUUAGUGUCUCUAGGCUCUUGUCAGUAUAUGUUUAGUUCUGAAACUAGAUUCCAUGAGAAAGGGAACCAGAUAAACCUUGAAAUCCAAGGAAGCACACUGUACCCUACAGCUCGUGGGUACAUCCUUCUUGAAUGAGUGAAACUAGAGUUUUUAUGGCCAAUGACUUCCUUGUGAGAGGAACAGCUGGCUUCUUCACCUCCUCCUUUGUCUGCUGUGCAAUGGGCCUCUGACCAGACUCCUGUUUGCUGGACUGGCAGAGUUCUGACAACCCAAUGGUGCUGGUUUACUCAGAAAAAGCCUCAGUGGGGAGUGAGGCAGGGCCCUUUACUGUGUCCUGAGCGGUGGCUGUUGUUCUUGAAAUACUAGUUUUCCAGAAAGGAAAUACGAACUCGCUUUAUACUAAAAAUGUCACUAAAAGUGAUUUCAAUGACCACCGACUCCUUUAAUAAACAGACAUUUUGGUUCUGGAAUGAUGGCCUAGCAGUAAAGAACAUUGGCUGUUCUUUCAGAGGACCUGGGUUUGAUUUUCAGCACCCACUGGUGACUAACAACCUUCUAUAACUCCAGUUCCCUGGGGAUCCAAUGCCGCCUUCUGGCCUCUGUGGGCACUGCACAUACAAUGCAUAAACAUACAUGAGGGCCUAAUACCCAUACACAUAAAGUAAAAAUAAAUCUCGAAAAUAAAAUAUUAAAAACAAAAUAACAAAACCCCCAGGCGUUUCAUCCUAGAGUUUCCUGAGGCUGGGUGGCACAGAGGCAGAUGCCGCAUCCUAUUCUGCCCCUAGAUUGUAAGCAUGUACAUUGCAUGUUUUCUUGGGUACAAGUUCUGCUUUCCAGUCAUCUUGUUGAGAUAGAGGCACAUGUAGGAAGCCACACAUAGAAUGAAACGGGCAGAUAGAUAGUGGUUAUGGUGUUCAUACUGGGACAGCACUGUAGCAAGGACAGCUGAUGACAUCCAGCGCACCACUUAGACCCACUCAGUCAGCCAGGCAGUUGUAGCCCUCCUGGGACCCAGGAAAACAUCUGAGACACCCAAAAGCCAUUAUGAACCCUUUUGCCAACUGUGCUUUGAGUUCAAGUGAGGGCCAGAUUUCUGGGGUGAUGCUUCUUGGGGAUGAGCUCUGAAUUCCUGAUUUCUGACUCUCUGUGUCUGGCCAACAUGCAGGCAGAGUUUGGGGUUGAUAAAGUAGUAAGUUCUCCUUGAAGUUACUACUUUUCUCCCUGGUCAUGGUGAGCAGGGUCCAUCCUGGUGCCUUCUCAAUCUAAUGCUUUCUACCUCUAUUACAUGUGGACUGGUGGUGACUCCACUCUCUCCCUGGCCCAUGGUCUUCCUGCAGACAAGCAGAGAGCUGUCAGAUUUGGUUUCCCUGCCCAGGAUCUUCUAGGCUGACCUUCUGCCAUGGUGCAGAUUCCCCGAGGCUUUGUGCCACCUGCCUCCUGCCCAGCUCCCACCACUGCCAGCUGUGCUGUGACUCCUCGGGCUCUGCCCCCGUAGAUCACAAACCUGUGUUGUUGCCUGCACAGUCUCUCAGCCUCUGCCAGCAGCAGAGCAGAUGGGUGGUGUAUCACUAGAUCGCCCUUAGCAGCAGCAACUGUUCCUUGGAAUUCCUAGUCACGACCAGAUCACUGUACGAAAUACACUUACGGGACCAGUUCUCUUAAUAAACAGACUGCUGAUGAACAUACACCGUAGCGUGUCAUGCUUGUCUGUCCUGCAGACCAUCCUGCUGUGGGGCUUUCAGUAGGGUGCACAGGAUUACCCCCAGUUUAGAGUUGGUGGGGGACACCAGAUUACAGUUCAGAAGUCCUUGAAGAUUCUUGAAGUUUUAGCCUGUAAGGAACAACUUUAGAUCUGCUGGAAGCGUUUCCUGUGGAGUCGUAGUAGAGUCCCUGUGUUCCCUGUGAUGGGAACCUCAACACCCAUUUCUAACGUAUUCUUUAGUAGAAAAUGGAAAAUGUUGGCUGUUUUUCCCUCAUGAAAGCUUUCCUGUGUGGUACUCACUGUAACAUGAUGUUCAUCAUGUAGUCCAGAAUGGCCAAGCUUGAGGGCAGUCCUCCUGCCUCUGUCUCCUGAGUGCUGGCAUUACAGUGUGCUACAUGCCCUGCUGAAAGACUUGAUGGGAGCUUCUUUUUUAAAUAAAAAUUUUCUGUAUGCUGAUUUUUUUGUUUGUUUGUUUUUUGUUUUCAAGACGGGGUUUCUCUGGAGCUUCAGAGCCUGUCCUGGAACUAGCUCUUGUAGACGAGGCUGGCCUCGAACUCAUAGAGAUUUGCCUGCCUCUGCCUCCUGAGUGCUGGGAUUAAAGGCGUGUGUCAUCACCGCCUGGCCUGUAUGCUGAUUUUUUAUUCUCUAUUUUAGCAAAUACAACUAUAUGGUAAUAUGUUGGGACCAUUUGGAGUCCUGGCCUCCAGCUGCUCUUCCCUGCUAGUGACCUUCACUUGGCCUUCUGAUUUGAGCUACUGACAGCUGUGUCAAAGUUGUUUACCAGCUCUGCUUCCUGAGCACGUGUUGCCUUGCCUUGAGGAUCAGGGGAGGAGGUUUUCACCUGUCGGCCCACCUGACUGUGUUGGGUAUAUAAGCCUCCCUGGCGCUAUUCAAUAAAGGGCUUCUUUACCAGUGA